UAUGGAACUUAUUUCAGAGCUCUCUACUGGUUGUCAGUAAUCAUGAUUAAAUAUACAAGUUAAAACAUAAAAGUAAUGAUGAUUAGAAAAUGGCAAUAUUAGUUUUCAAAGUGCAAUUGAGUUUAGAAUUUAUGCAAUGCCGCUUAAGAGGCAUUCAGAAUGGGUGGUUGCAUUGGAAUAACUAGAAGUAGAAGUGGAGCAAUUGACGAUUCGUCUGGUAGUUUGUCACGACCAAAUUCAGGAAGUACAAGAAAAAAUCAUCCAUUGUGCCAUGAGACAAUCCGAUGGAAGAGUGACGUUCCUUUGACAGAAGGUCAAUUGCGAAGUAAACGUGAUGAAUUUUGGGAUACAGCUCCCGCAUUUGAUGGUAGAAAAGAAAUAUGGGAUGCAUUACGUGCGGCUGCGAUAGCAGCUGAAGCAUUGGAUUUUGAAUUAGCUCAAGCGAUAUUAGAUGGUGCUAACAUCUCUGUACCAAAUGGAUAUUUAACAGAAUGUUACGAUGAACUAGGUACACGGUAUCAAGUACCUAUUUAUUGUUUAUCAUAUCCAAUAAAUAUUGUUAAGGAGGACAAUGGCAGAGAUUCACCAGCUGAAUGUUCGGAACCUGUCGACGGUGGUAUUGAGACAAUACUCAAACUUAGAUUAUCCCACACAUGUGUCGAUGUUAAACUACCAGUAUUUUCCACUGAUACUAUUGGAAUGUGUAAAAAGAAAUUACAAAACCAAGAAGGAAUUGAUGGAUCAAGACAACGAUGGUUCUUCGGUGGAAAACUACUUGGUGAUAAAAUUCAUGUCGAGGAUGCUAAAAUUCAACCUGGAUAUGUUGUACAAGUUAUCGUCAACAUGGAAUACAUACCAAACGCAGAAGGUUCAUAAGACUUAUCUUACAACAUUGUAAAGGAAACAAAAACGGACUAUAAAAAAUAUGUUUAAUUUUUCUUUUUUGUUAUUAAUUUUUAAAUGUGUUCAUCCAUUUUCAAUUGAUGUUUUGCGCGAACAUAUUUGUUUUUACGUGAUUUUAUUCUACACAUACAAUUAUUGGUUGAAAGUUUUUACUUAGUUCAUCGUCUGUACAAACAAAAAUGGCUUUACAACGUUUGUCUUUAAUCAAAAAACAAUAACAAAUUUUUAAUAAAAAAGUAUGUAAAAAAUAAAAAUUAAAAAAAAAAAAAAUUUAUAUACACAAGUAAAUAUUUAAAAAAAAAAAAGAAAGUAAAAUUGUAAUCUAGGCGAAAGAGUAUCAAUCUUUCUAGAAAUUUAAAAUAAUUAUCUGGCCAUACAUGAUUACUUUUGCGGGCCGCAGUGAAUUUGCAAACCACAACUGGGCGAUCAAUAAAUCAUCUUACAAAUUGAUGUCAAUCUAAUCGAUAUCCUACCCGUGUUUACGUGGUAGGAAGAAAUUCAAUACAAACUUAAAAUUUUUAA